GGCAUUUUUUUUCCUCACCGAUCUUUUGUUUCACUUUGGUUUUCAUAGGUUUUUGUUUUUUAAAGAAAGAACAUAAAGUUGGGUGGAUAGAGAGAUGAUGGAUCUGGGAAAACAGGGAGGGGAAGGAACAUGAUCAAAAUACAUUGUAUAAAUUUUUUUCAACUCAAAAAGUAAAAUGUGAGUGUGGGGAGCAAUGCAAAGUGACUUUAUAGAAGCAGGAUUCUACCAAGCUUUCAAACGCUGGACUGUUUCGUUUAGUCGGGAGUCAGUCAGCUACAGAAGAGAAACACUGUCUCAGGGUAUGUGCAGGCCUUCAACCCGGAGACAGAAGCAAGUGGAUCUCUGUGAGCUAAAGGUCAGCCGGAUCUACAGAGGUAGUUUCAGCACAGCCAGGGCUGCUCACACACCCUGCCUGGGGGUAGGGAGAAUUUGUGUUCUGAUAACUAAAAUAAUUUGUAACAUCUUGUCUCACAUGCAACCUUUUUUGCUUGUUUGUUUGUUUCAAGACAGUGUUUCUCUGUAGUCCUGGCUGUCCUUGAACUCACUCUGUAGACCAGGCUGGCCUCGAACUCAGACAUCCGCCUGCUUCUGCCUCCCAAGGUGUGCGAUUAAAGGCAUGCGCCACCACUGCCCAACCACAUGCAACCAUUUUGGUGAGGCCUAGAUUAAUAGUCCUAUUUAAACUGGACUCAUGCAGAUUUCCAGUCUUCUCUAUUCCGGCCCUGGGUUUUCCCUCGGUGUAACUCUUCUCACCUGUAUGUAGUUCACUGAUGAUUACCAACUGCCAAGGACAAAGCCUUAUGCAUGCUAAUUCCAUUUUCAAUGAAGAAUUGCUUCCGAUUACUUUGUCCGCACAAGGUCCCAAUAGCUGGCUUUAAAAGCCCACCCACACAUGGGCUCAUUUUACAGUCGCUCUCCAAUGAUGUAUAUGAAAAUCUGGCUAUAGAAGACUGGAUCCACGACCACAUUCAUCUAGAAGGCAAGCCGAUUCUUUUCCUUUGGAGAAACUCUCCUUCUGUCGUCAUCGGUAGGCAUCAGAACCCAUGGCAGGAAUGCAACCUCCAUCUGAUGAGACAGGAAGGGACGAAACUGGCUCGGAGGAAGAGUGGAGGAGGGGCAGUGUACCACGACAUGGGGAACAUCAACCUCACCUUCUUUACCACCAAAGCCAAGUAUGACAGGAUGGACAAUCUGAAACUAAUCGUGAGAGCUCUGAAUGCUGUCCAACCCCAGCUGGACGUGCAGCCCACCAAAAAAUUUGACCUGUUACUCGACGGGCAGUUUAAAAUCUCGGGAACUGCAUCAAAGAUCGGCCGGACUGCCGCAUACCAUCACUGCACCUUGUUAUGCAGCACCAACAGGACAGCUCUGUCUUCCUCACUGAAGAGCCCGUACCGCGGGAUCAAGAGCAAUGCCACUCCCAGCAUUCCUUCCGCAGUCAAAAACCUUCUGGAAAGAGAUUCCAUGCUGACCUGUGACGUUCUGAUGAGUGCAGUAGCUGCAGAGUAUGCGGCGCAUCAUCAAAUUGAUGAUCACGUUAACCUAAUAAACCCUGCAGAUGAGACAGUGUUUCCUGGGAUAAACAGCAAAGUCAAGGAACUGCAGAGUUGGGAGUGGGUAUAUGGCAGGACUCCCAAGUUUACCGUGGACACCACGUUUCAUGUGCCGUAUGAGCAGACGCCUUUGGAAAUCCAAGUGCUCAUAGGCGUAAAGAACGGACGAAUCGAAAGCUGUGCUAUUAAGGCACCCGAUCACUGGCUGCCGAUGGAAAUAAGUGAGAAAUUAAACUCGAGCUUUAUUGGCAGCAAAUUCUGCCCCAUUGAAACCACCCUGCUAACGAAUAUAUUACUGAGGACAUGCCCAGAUGACCAUCACUUACACAGUAAAUGGAACAUCCUGUGUGAAAAAAUCAGGGGAAUAAUGUGACCCUAAUAACUGUUUACACUGGCAGUUUCAGUGAGAAAAAAAAAUUGAAAUUACAAUUUAUUUUAUGUCUCUUUAAAAAAGAAAUAGGGGUGCCAGUUUCAACCAGUUUUGGUCUUUGUUUGUUUGUUUAGUUUUGGUCUUGAAGUGGCUGGCCUGUUCCCAAUUGAUAAUCUGUUGUGAGCUUUGGCCUUCGGAAAUGAGCCUUUCAGGGCCUGGUCUUCAUUUCUCCUUUCAUUAAACUUCAGAGAAGCAA